GGAAGGCGCAAGCCAGGCAGCACCACCGCCACCACCACCACCGCCGCCAGGUCAGUCUACAGUGAACCGUGGUCGUGAGCGUUUCUGUCGCGUCCGUCCUCGUCUCUGUUCCUUCUCUCUCUUCUUUCUCACACACCCGCUCACCACCACCACCAUACUCACCUCCACCCCCAACACCGCCAUCAUGCUCAUGCCCGGCGCGCUGCCCGCUUCCAUGUCCUCUGCCAUCACCUCGCCCACGUUGCACCACCAGGCGUUAGAGGGCGUGAACCAGAAGGACACCACCUUCACCAAGAUUUUCGUCGGCGGCUUGCCCUACCACACCACCGACAAGUCUCUGCGCGAGCACUUCGAAGUGUAUGGCGAGAUCGAGGAGGCGGUGGUCAUCACGGACAGACAGACGGGGAAGAGUCGAGGCUACGGGUUUGUGACGAUGGCGGACAAGACCGGGGCGGAGCGGGCCAUCAAGGAGCCCAACCCGGUAAUCGACGGUCGCAAGGCUAACGUGAACCUGGCCUACCUCGGCGCCAAGCCUAGAGGGACGGCCGCAGGUGAGGACGCCUUAUACGGCAUUCCCUUGACUGGCAUGCGCUACCCAACAGUGUUACCUGGUCAAUACGGAAGACGACGCACCCGCCGCUAUACCACUAGGUUGCAUCAUAACUACAUCUACCACCCGUCCUACCUGCCUACCACGGCGGGUCUGCUGCCGAUGACGCCCUCCGCCCUCAACCCCACGGCCGCCGCCCUCACUGCCGCAGGACAACAGGCCUAUUUUGAUUACACCAGUGCCGCCGCCGCUGCUGCCUCGUACCCCGCUACCUAUCAGACUGCUGCUGCCACGGGCAUUGAGCCUUACGCCGCCGCUGCCGCUGUGUCAGCAGGUGAGCUGCAAGCCGGGCGAGCAGCAGCAUCACAUCAAGCCUCAGCCAUGUCCCAGUACGCCGCCGCCGUCCCGGGAUACUCGUGGUCCCUCCCGCCUGCCGCCACUGCCGCCGCCGCCGCAGCCGCUGGCACCAUCCCCAUGUCGCCCUAUCAAGCCGCUCAACCUCAGUUGCAGGAAGCCCGCAUGCAGUAGCUACCCCUCGCCGUCUGGUGAUACGCGUGUGCGCGGCACCACCGCCUGCCUGAUGAAAAGCCUGGAACAGCCUGAAAAUACGAGGCCCAACCCCCAGGCUUCUACCACUCUGGUUGUGAACACUUACCUAGCCCGCACAGCCCCGUCCCGCCCCGUCCCUCCCGCCUCCCUUCGGUGCGGGGGUGUGAGUUGUGUGCGCGAGGGUGUGCGCGCCGCCAAGCCGCGCCGGACAGUCACACGCGCGUGUCUUGGAGACGCCGGUGUUCAUGACAUUCUCCCAGUGGGAUCAUGACGGUGAUCUCAAAUAUAAAUAACAUAGUCAAACCAUGGGGAAUUUUUUUUUCUUCUUUUUUGCUUACGUGGUUUUUUUUUUACUCGAGAUAUUCGACAAGACCUAUUUGAUGAAAUGUAUAACUUCUUUUUUUUCGACGGAACUAUAGUAUAAUUACAUGUUAUCUUGUGCACAGUAUUUUUAGAGAGGGGAAAAAUAACUGGGAGAUCAGCCUCGUCGCAUGAAAUCAUUAACUACCAGAGAGGAAGAGCAACAGAGAAGGAAACUCCAUCGCCCUAGUCGAAGCUUCUGUUGAGGGUUUGUCUGCUUCACGGGGAAGUUCAAAGCAGUGGUAGAGGACGAGGACGGACUUAGGGAGAGCAGUUAAAGUGACAUCCUAUGACAAUCUGUUUGUUGGAGUGGACCAGAGAGCUCUGAUGGGACAAUGGCAGAUACAUGUUGUUCUUUUGUUGUUCACAUUGUUAUUGUUACCUUUAUUUAAAGGAGUGGCAGGGAGGAGGCAGUUCUGGAACCAGGCUGCCUCCUGUCUCUGGUUGGUUCUUUUUCAUUCUGUGGUUCAGUCCCUGCCAGGUUCUGUUCACCCUGGGUUGCAGUUCAUGAAUGGUUCUGGUUCUUGUUGAGUCUUGACCCCUACCUGGCUGGUUCUGGUUCUGGUUCACUUGGAUUGUGAUCCAGUCUGGUUCAGUUCAGUGUAGACUUUGGCCCCUUGCUGCCAACUGGUUCUUGGUCUCUCACCCCUGGCUGGUUCAUCAAGGCAUUGGUGUGUGCCUGCCUCUCCUCCACUCAAGGCUGUCUUGCAGCAAUAAAUGUUGAUUUGAGGAGGACCGUGACAAGGAAGAGCAGUUUUUCAUGGAUGAAAUUUUUGAGAAAAGUAUUAAUUUCCCUAAAAUAUUUUAACAUUUUUGUAACAUUUUAUUGAAGUAUUUAACAUUUAUUUAUUCAGUUUCUGAAAUAUUUAAAGCUGUUAAGGAAAGAAAUAUUUGGCAUCAUGAAUGAAAAUUAUCUUUAAAAGGGUCCCAUAGACAUUAUGACCACUGGGUCCAGGCACCAGAAUCAUAAGCAAAUCUCACCAUGUAUAGAGUGAUCCUAUGACCAAAAGUGGGCAGAGUCAGCAGCCAGAUUGAAACCUGCCAUCACCAGGUUCAUGGCUUCCAUUUCAGUUCAGGCAUCUGUAAGUCUGAACGUCUUAUGGCAUUGUCGUACAAUCUACUUCAGUUCUGAAGCAACAUUCAUUGCAUGAAGAUGUCAGUGACAUCCACAGAUAAGGAGUACUAGGCUGAUUUCAUUGAACUUGAUAAAGAACAAUCUUGUCUUUGGAAGGUGAAAAGUGAAGAUUAAAGUGACAAAAUAAAAGGGAUGCAGCUUAUGACAUUUUAUUAGAGAAAUUACAAGAAAAGGAUGCAAUGGCCAAAUGAGACUGUAUUGAUAAUAAAUAAACUAAUUAAUUAAUUACUUAAUAAUUAAUAAUGAUAAUCCCUGGAGUAGCUUAAAAAAAAAAGAUAAAAUAAUCCAGAGUCCAUGGUCAGGAGCUUCAGCUGAUGACUUCUACACGCCAAGUCUAUAUGUACUAUGACUUGCUGGCACUCUCUAACGCAUUUUCCUUUAAUGCUUGGGUUUCUUUAGUUCUGCAGUGAAAUAUGCCACAGUAAUGGCUCCAAGAGCAUAGGCCAUAUCCUCAUCACUGAGUAGGGAAGCCAUGUCCUCACUUUGUCACAUCUUGGGAGAACUGAAGUAAAACUGAAUAUCUAUGAGUAACGCUGAGGAGUUAGAACAGAAUUGGAAUGGAACCUGAUCUGUGGUCAUAAUGUCUAUGGGGCCCUUUAAGAGAUGUAAGCUGUUUUUAAGUCAUCAGAAGCUUGCUCUUACCAUGAUCUUCAGUUAGGUUAUAGAAAUUGACAACACAUGGAUAUGUUAUGGAGUGUAAAGUAACAAUAAGAGUAUGCAUGCACGCCAGUCUGUCUUUGGGGCCAUAGUUGAGUGUGCCACCAGCUGUGUGCCAUCAGCCAUAAACCAGCAAUGAUGGAGAUCUGCCUGGGUGUUGGAAAUUCCUCUCCACAUUCCUCUUUCCCAAGGAAGGCCAGCCAACCACUCUGUGAUCCCUGCUACACCAUCCUCAGUUCUGUACUCUUGUGAGAUAUGUGUCACUGGAGUCGUUUGGGUUGGUGGUUUGUCUUGGCUCAGCAGCAGCAGCAGCAGAAGUCAGUGAGGUCUGUUUCUUCCUGGGGUUUGCAAUCCGUGCUCUCUGCGACUCAGAGGAAAGGUUGCUUGGCUGUGUUAGGACUCUCUUUGUAUUGAUGAAGUAUUACUUAAUGAUGAGUCUAAAUUACAGAAAAUUCAAUCAUUCUCCAGUUUUUAUUUUAAUAACUAUUAUCAAAGGGGUUUUUAGCUUAUUGUAGUUACUCACUUCCAGAUGAUCACCUAGUUAUGAUAUUACAAAGCUUAUAUACUUGUCCUUUCCUAUUUCAUGAGAUUUAAUUCCAUAUCUGAGAGUUCUCUGUUUCCUGGAACUAGUGAUAUGUUUAUACAUAUAAUAACUUUUUCUCGUUACAUCAUUAUCAUGUAAAGAAUAGAUAUUUUGUUAAUAGCACUUAGUUAUUUGAUAAUCUGUACCUACUCAUGUAGCAUACCUAGGCCACUUGUCAUUAUUCAUAAUUUUAAGUACUAUAGAAUGUAAGAAUUUAUUUUUUAAGUGUUUGUGUGUAGUAUGGAAACCUGAGCAAUGAGUGCACAUGCCAAUUGUUGUGUGGUCCUCUUGUCUCCAUGCAGACUGGUCUGGUAGCUGGCUGGUGUGGUGCCGGCUACCACGUGGCUUACCCUGAAAUCUGAGUGAAGUCACGGAGAUGUGAGCUCAUCCUGUAAUCCGAGAUCAUUGGCUCAUCUGAUAAUCUGACUGAUCCAACAGAAAUAUUCUUGUAGAAAAUCUGGCACUAUUUGAUGAUGAAAGAGUCAAAGUAUUGAAAGCUGCACAUUUCCAAACUACACACAGGCAGGCCGAGUAUUUUAAGGUACUAGAUGAGCAAGCUAAGAUAUAUUGGUACGUACAUAUUACAUAGUUAAUAACUGAGUAGAAUUACAUUUAGUAAAAAAAUAUCAUACCCUCAAGAUUAUGUAAGUCGGCUUUGCCAAGCAAUAGUCAGGAUUAAGUAUUAUAUACUAUUAAUGUAGUCCUUUUAUAUGUUAUUUACAUGAGAAGAUGUGUUAAGCUUCCCCCAGAGAGGGGUGUUAUUCUGUAACAUCUAGUCAGAAUCUCUGCAUCAGUGUCAAGCCUGUGCCAUAUGUUGCUCAGCCUCUCUGGCCCUUGAAAGUGUUACACGUUACUGACUACAACACCUUUCACAAGACUAAAUACCUGUAGCCAAAGUUAUUCACACACAUGAACAGCUCUGGACUUGUGGUGCAGCACUACCAUCAGAUGGUAUUGUGGCUGUUGUGUCAUGAGGGUGAUGCCUCAGUGGAAGGUUUUAUUUUCAUGGGAACAAUUUUCAGAGCAAUUUUUUAUUACAAGCACUUGCAUUGGUUCAGUUGAAAGAAAAACCAAAACUUGCUGAUGGGAGUUGGAUGUCCAGAAAUCAUGAAAGCUUCCAAAAUUUUGUAGCAUCAUUUUGUUUGAAUUUAAAAAAGCAGAUGAAGUUUUUUAUUUAUUUAUUUUUUAUUUAUUUAUUUUUUUUUUUUAUUCCAUUGGUAACUGGUGCAGCAAAACCUGGACGCUCUAUUUUUUGUUGUUUAUAAAACACUGUUGGCUGAUAAGUAACUAAUUUAAUAAUACAUUAUAAUCAAGUUAAGAAAAGUAGUUGUAGAUUGUAGUUGAAAAGUACAAGGUUUAGGUAAUACUAAAAGCACAAAGAAAGCUUGCAGAAUGUUCUCAAACUCCCAUUGAUGUCAGUCACCAUUAUUACUCUGAUACCAAAGAAUGAAUACCCUAUGCUGCACCACCAAAUAGCUCACAUUCUGGCUGUAAUAAUACUACAAAUAUACUUGUGAAAUUUUGGAUGACAAGUGACUGAUAUUCAUAGGUGCAUGUGUAAAGUUUUGAAGCAGCUCUCUUUGAUGCCAUGAGUGAAGGGCCAGAUAUAUAUCACCACACUAGAGUUAUGAUUACAAAAAGACAAACUUGACAAUGAAGGUAAACAGAAGACGAUCUGUGCCUGCCCUAUCAUUUAUCUAGUCAACAAGUGUAAUGCCUUUAGCUCAUGUAUACAGUACAGGUUGCCUUAUAAGUGCCUUGGAUUGAGAUAAUAAUUGUAUGCAGCUCUCGAGACAGGAGGUUUGGAAAAAUGAAUAAUUUAUACAUGGUGGAAGUUUAUUCUUAAUGUAGUUGUAGAAAUAGAUGACAUAUCACACUGAAGACUUGUACCUCCAGUAGCUCUGAUUACUGUGGCUACUUACUAGUUGCAAGUCACACAAUUAGGGAAAUGUGUAAUGAUGGAAGUAAAGACGUGAGUGAGCACAAGCACUGGUUGAGUAAUCUUACUUGUAAUCAGUGACUGAGAAGCAUGUCUGGAAGAAAUUGCUUGGCUUUGUGUGAGUCUUGUAAACACAGAUAGGAAGACAGCUUAUCACUGCGCCAUUUUGAGAGGUGAAACUGAUUUUUCAUCUUCAUUAAGUUACAUACUUUGGUGCACUGGAAGUAAUUUACAAGAAAAGUAGUUAUCAGUAUCUCCAUACAUUGCUUAUUGUAGUGAACUGUCAUUAUGUAUCAGGACAUGGCAUGCUUUUGUAUUUGAUAUAAAUUAUGCAUAAGUAUUUCUUCCAAAGACUAUAGAACCAAGUGCUGUUACAGAUGCAGACAGAAUUAGUGUUAUCUCACAAAAUUUUCUCAGCAAGGUCUGAUUAAAGGUUCCCUGAUCCAUCACAUGAUUUACCACCAUUGCACAGUAAGAUCAACCUAGUAAAGAAAACCUAAACCUGUUCCCCUUGCCUUCUUCCAGGCAUCAGUUGACAAUUGGUCACAGCUCUCUGUAAUUAGUUUCAGUGGCUUUUAAGUGUGAAUGCUACUUUUGUCUGUUGCUGUACCUAUUGUUCAAGUACCACAGCAGUGCUCAUAUACACCUAGGUUUCAAGUUAUGAAUCUUCAAUUUAUGUAGAGCUGCCCAGUUUUCAUUAGAAAUCCUAUUUAUGUAAAAUAAACACCACCACAGGUAGUUGCACUUUCUAUUUGUCUAGUGCAGCACAUGAAGGCCAAAACAUUAGUGAACUCAUUCACUCCCCACCAUUCUUGUUUGCUAUGCUAAAAUCUGUGAUGGACCUCCUUUUCAUUGGCCUGUUCUUUAAUUAUGUGAAAUCAACAUGUCAUGGAAUCUCAAAUCUGAUGUUUCCCAAGAUACAUCCCAGCAUGAACAGAAGGCAUCUAAGUUAUCCUCAUUUACGUAACAUAGCUCUUUGUAUUACUAAUUACAAACUUUUAUGACCCCAAAGAAUGUCACUUUCAGAUUCAUAAAGAUUAAUCAUAAUUGUCAAUCUGGAAAAAAAACAUUUAAUGGUCACCUUGAUUUUUAGUUGUUAACUAUUACAAUAUUACAAUGUCCCUUGGGUUCCAUAUGUAGCCUGGUUCUUUCUUAUAGUAUACUAGCUUUUAAUCUACACUCUUCAAUUAAUAUUCAGCCAUACAAAUUUGCACAAUAUAGGAUGAUCUGGAUUUCUAACAUGAGCAGAAAUGAAACCUUGGUGUAUAUAACUGGAGUCAUGCAACUGAACUUGAAGUGAUUGUACAAGUUAUGGAAUCAUCCCAUUACUUUUCAUUUAGAAUCACAUUAUCAUGAUUAUAAGAUUGUUUAACUCGAGAGUAUAAUGAAGAAGGAAAGUUAGGUGACGAUGAUGACAGUUGUAUGGAGUGAUGAUAAUGCAAGAGUGUUAGUGCCUUUUUAAAAUGUAGUAUGGUAAUGUUCAUUGUCUUCUGAAGGUUGACUGUGAACAUUUUUGUAAAAGAACUUCAGUAAGGUUAAUCAAAGUUAAGGUCUUAAACACGACAUACAGUGCCUUUGUGACAGUAACCUUUAUAAUUUCAAAAGUGGAUAUAUGUCAUGUAAAAAAUAUAGUUUAGUAUUUACCGUUGUCUCAGACAGGAGAGAACACACACUGGCAGUCCUUUUAAACUGUCAUGUUCUAUACUUUUCAGUCAUCAUACCUGGUUUAUGUAUAAAUCAGGUAUAAAAGGGCAUUAUAUUAGCUCAUUAAUUUAAUAGAUUUUAAGAGGCAUAUGCAGUAUAGUAUAUAAAAAAUUAAUUAUGUAUUUAUUGUUACAUUAUGCUGUUAUCAACUUUGUAGCCAUAUUUCUUUGCACAAAAUUGGACCACUUGAGUGAAGUAUUUGCCUGACCCUUGCUCCUUAGAAAUUACUGUAUUGAUACAAGCCUGUUGGGAAUAUUAUAUGCCAAGGAAAAAUAUACAAAACUAUCAUAACCUAGAAACAGACAAACAGUGUAGCUAUGAAGGACUUGCAUAAUGACACCUGUAAAAGAAAAAAAACAUGAAAUGGCACCACUGCAAUCAUGUGGCACUUCAGGGAUUUGUUCUUUGCACCAUUCAUGACAGCCUUUGAAAAACCAUCUCAUUCAGUGUUCAGCUUUGCAAUAUGCUUCUGUUAGAUAACAUCUGUACACUUACAUGCAAUGCUAAAGUGAUCACAGCACCAGUUUCUGGCAUUAAAUGAGUCCUAUCUUACUCACAAGAUAAGAAAGGAUGUCAAUGAAAGAAGAGUAAAAGAAUAUGGUAGUGUGGUGUGCAAGAUGAUGAUAAUGCAAGAGCGGUCCUGCCAUAAGAAAUUAAUUAUGAGUAUAUGACGCAUUUAAAGGAAGUAGUGGGAUGGAAUGGUAAUAACUUUAGAAUGAACAGAAAUUACUUGAGAAAGUCUGGUAGGCAAACUAGUUACACAUAAGUGAGAUAAUCCUGUUUUGAUAUGGUAAGAGAUAAGACAAGUGUGUGCAAGGCAUUGCAUUAAAAUGUACUGUGAUGUGUCACAUGAAUGCAAGAGGUGUGUGGUGUGUUGCACAGUGUCUUAAAGACAUUUCUGCCAUGGUCAUUCUCUGCCAGGUAUUAAGAAUGCUGCAUCAAAUCAAACUUGUAUCAUGAUCUCCACAGUUGAUCAAAUGGUAAGAAGUAUAAAACAUUAAAUUCAUAGCAAAAAUUUGAUAUUGUAACUGAGGAAAGAUACAUGUAUUCCACAGUAUAUUAACAGGAUUUUCACCAACAAGCUUGCUCCCUUUAUGGAAUUUUGCAAUAAUGACUUCCCAUGCCUAAAAGUAAGAACUAUAAAAAGUGGAAAUUCAACUCUCAUGGUGCUUGCUGUUUUCCCUGGAGUGCCUCAAGCCUGGUGUCAUUUUUCCAACAGGGUCAGAACUGUCCUUAGUGUUAUUCCAUUGGCUUUUCUAAGAACACUAAAAUCAGUGAAACAAAGGAAACUAUGAUGAAACAUAAACUAAAAAGUGUGUUAAAAACCACCAUGACUUCAAAGUAAGAUACCAAAUUUUGGUGCAAAAGUCCACUUGAUUUCAUUUCUUUGCAACACAAAUAUUAUGUGACAAGGAAAAAAUAUGGCCAUGUCUCAAAGCAAAAGAGGGUCAAUGUUUCUGAAAAUACCAAGUGUGCCUGGAUCAGUUAAUUUACUCGAAGGUGGGCUGCACUCUGAGUACUACAGAGGGGUUGGAAAAGCCUCUGUUUACCUGAAGGACAACAGCAUAAGUGCAAUCCAAAGAGCUCACUUUAACUUAUAUUUGGUAUUUAUUUAGCUGACCAGAUUGCCUCAAAAUGUUAAAUGUACCAUUAUUUUCAUAUAUUUUUUGUUAUAUCAAUAAAUUUAGGUUAAUAAG